CUUCAGGAACGAUGAAGACACACGUCAUGGUUUUGGUGAUGAAUCUGCUGGUGUUGUAUUUGAGGUUGGCGCAGACAGUCGAGCUCCGCAGCACUCAGAGGACAGGGAACCUGGAAAAGUGGGAAAGGGACGUGAGGUCGGCCUCAAGCCUGGAGGAGCUGCUGAUGCUCACAGACUUUCCCGACUGGAAGCUCUGGAAGUGCCGCCUCAAGCUGAGGAACCUCGAGACGCCCGCGAGCACCGACUCGCGCCGAUCCACUCGCUACGCGGCCGCUACUGCGACCUACAGCCUGGAGAUCCUGCAAGGUGACGAGCUGCCAGUUCAUGUAGAUUCAGCGUCAAGGAGCCAAUUAAUAUACAAGCGCAAAAAGCAAGACGAUGCAAAAUCAUUUCAACUAGUCAUGGCUGCAGCUUUUUUUCCCAUCUGUGUGCUGCACCCACAACCGUGUUAUCUAUGUGUCUCAGCAAUUGAUGAGGAGUGGCAGAAGACCCAGUGCAUGCCCAGGGAGACGUGUGUGGAUGUAGCCAAGGAGCUGGGCACCCAUACCAGCAUGUUCUUCAAACCGCCAUGCGUGUCCGUCUUUAGGUGCAGUGGCUGUUGCAACAAGGAAGGUGUAUCAUGCAAAAACACAAGCAUGACUUAUGUGAACAAAACUCUUUUGACGGUGAUACCGUUUAAAUAUGGACCUGAGCCAGUGCUGAUAAAGGUUGCCAAUCACACAGAGUGCAAGUGCAUGGAGCCGGCACUGAUCCGAAGGCACGUUCCCACCCAAGGGCGAAGCGGUUGCAACCCUGUUCUGCACAGCUCCACUUCCGAGGGCCCCAGCAGGCUUUGCCCAAGUGGGCAGAUAUGGGACUGCUCAUCAGACAGAUGUGUUCCGUACCCAUCCAGCAAACUCGGUGUGCUUCGUUCAAGAGCGCUGGAAUUUUCUGCCAGUCAUCGGAUGUCUGAUUGUGAAAUUGAUAUUGAUCGGUGUGACUGCAUGGUGAAAAACAGCACCAGACUCAGACACGCCUGCCGCUUAAAUCCUGCUUCAUGUUUGGAGAAAGGCAGACGGUUCAAUUCAGUCUUGUGCAGCUGCAAGUGACUUUUCCCCUCCGACUCUACAAGGCUUGAAAGAAGGGUCAAACACAAAGACAGACUGUUUAUUUAUUCAUAGGGCUAUUUAAAUGGUAUUAUGCAUAUUUUAUUACACAGAUUGAUGACUUACAAGAAUAUGACUGUGUUAAAUUAUUUAACACACAUUUGUUGAUUGUGCUGUUAUAUAAAUUGUUCAUAUGAAUGUCAUUUAUGCACUGAAAAAAAGUCUGUAUAUUUCUUAUUAAAGCUAUUUUUAUAAUGCCUCAAGUUUCACUAUUUAAUUUUGUGUAAAUAAAAUACUUUCGUUGGUU